CAAAAUCAUAGCUCCGAAGGGACCCACCUCAACUCCUUGUAGGCUUUUCGCCAUUACAAUCUCAAGAUCAUAACCAACAACAACCAGUUUGAAGUUCCCUACAACGAUUCAGUGCGAACCACACAACAAAACAUCUGUGUCAUACAUGCUAUAUAUAACCCCAAUAUUUAUUCGCAGGUAGUAUUUUGUCAACAAAAUUCACCUGUCUUUCUCAUCUAAUGGCGAAGCGCCGAGGACUUUUCACAGGUGGAAGCGGAGGAGUUUUCCCAGCUUUCAUGGCGGCCUUGCUUCUGCGGCCUGACCCGCGGACCCUUUGGUGGUACAUAGCCCUGCUGUCAGCACUGGCCUUGCUAGGCCAAGAAAUUGCUCGCUCCUCCGCUUACGCCGCCGAGUUCGAAGGUUUUGAGGGCGAAUCUGAUGAGCUCGAUGACGAAAUUUCCGCUCCAGAAUUCACUUCCAGAAAACCCACACCUCCCCCGAUCAAGCUCACACAAUCCGGGUUCGAAACCGACCGCGGUCCUCCUCAAGAAGAACAAAGCACCGACACCACCCAAAACCCUGAAGCCCCAGAAAGCAUAAAUCCCCCGCAGGCCGGCAAGCCUAUGCCUUCUCGUUCUCCCUACGACUUCUGGGAUGAGGAUGAGUUCGAGGGCCUUCCUACAGACACGCAAACCCUAACUGCAAAUCCUCACCCUAAGGCUGAGUCUAAACCAAGCCCUAAGGCUUCUCCUCGUCCUCCUGCGGGACCUCAGUCGUAUUACAUCGAGUUCUUCUGCGUAACUUUCUUGAUCGCGUUCGCUGUCAAUUUUUUUCUUGGGAGGCGGGAGAAUGAAAAGAUUGCGCUCGCCUGGGCGGCGCAGUUUGCCACGAAGGACGGGAUUUUUGAGAAGAAUUUUAGUCUGUUGGGCACAGGGGAUGGCAAUGAUACACCUCUCUUACUUAAGGAGGGGCAGAAUGUUUUCAAGUUCUAUGCCAGCGGUCGCCGUUACUGCCAGGGAUUGCUGGCCACCAUGGAGCUGCAGAGCAGACAUGAUCUGAUUUCAAGGAUUUAUAAUUGUAUUAUUCCUUGCAAGGAUGAGGUUAAUAUUGAGGUAUAUAUGAAUGAUGAUUGUAUGGAUCAGAUUGUUUUUGCCUUGGCUAGAAAGAAGGAAUCCAAGAGCAUGCACAAAGAAUGUAAAGAUCUUCAGCAGUAUGCAAAUUUGCUUACACCACCUUCGAAUCGGAAAUGGGUAACUGAUGAGCUGGUUGCUAUCUCGGAGUCAAGGGAGGUUGCCUCUGACUUAAUUCUAGAUACUGUUCUAGAUCAGGUUUUUGGUGAAAAAGCAUUUGAAAAGUAUGGAAAAGGUUUUGUUUCAUUAUAUUUUACAGACCAAUACCCAUUGAGUUCACACAGAAAGAUGCUUACGUUCAAGUUCACACUACCAUCAGCUAGCAAAAUGGCUGAUAUGACACGUUUGAUUGCAAUUGUACCAUAUUAUAUUGACCUGGUUGGGCGUUACAAGCUCAGUACUCAGACUCGUAACAAGGCAGAAGCUGCAAGAACUAAAGUGGCUAAGGAAUUGUACAAAGAACAACAGAUUGCUAGACAAGAAGCAAUUCAGAGGAAGAAAGAAGAAAGAAAGAAGGCUAUGGAAGAGACUGAAGCUCAGUUAAGUGCUGAAGCAAUCCGGAAGAGAGAAGAAAAGGACCGUCAGCGUCAGAUGAAGAAGUCAAUGCCCAGAAUGAGAAUGACACGUGUGCAUUAGUUUUUUCCCCUUUAAACCAGCAAAUGUUACUGCUACAAAUGAUUAAAAUGUUUCAUGUCAGUGAGCGUCGCUAUCACUGUUGUUUUUCUAUGACAGUCACUGUGUUGCCUGGUGAAUGACUAUCAUGUGCAUUUUAAUAGUACCAGUCUCAGAGGACAUGCUGGUCGGCAGAGGGUGCCUAGCAGUCUUGUUUAAGUUGACUUUCAACUAGAUUUUGGUUUAACCUCAUUUGAAAUUGCUAUUUGAAUGACAUUCGACUAUCAAAGCUCCACUUUCAUAGGUAAAAUAUCAUCACUUUGCUGAAGUCAGUUUGUUGGCUAAAUGCUUGUUUUGUACAACAUUUUAGCUUAUUGUGUAAUUUAGUUGGUGUUAUAUUUGGAAAAAAGUGAGCUAACCUUUUAACUCUGUUA